AGGAAGAUGAGUACGGAUGUUAGCUCAGGGCCAGUCUUCCUCAGCAAAAAGAGGAGGAUUGGCAGCAGAUGUUAGCUCAGGGCUAAUCUUCCUCAAAAAGAAAAAAAACCUCAUGAAUAAAUAUUCAUUACGCUCCGCAGAGAGAGCAGAUCCCAGCAUGCUUUCCAAGACAUCCCAAGCUGAAGAAGGGUGUUCAGAAUGCCCCCACCUCUCAGGGGUGCACUCGGGGAAAGGGGGCCUGGAGGAGGAGCCCCCAGAGGACAAGGAAGCCAACGAGUGCCUGUGGAUCCGCCCAGAUGCCCCCAGCAGGUGCUCCUGGCAGCUGGGAAGCCUGAUUGCUGACUCACCGCAUCACCAUGCUCCCUCGACAAAAGCCCCUAAAAUCUUGCCAGAUAUCCUGCAGAACAUUGGGGAUACCCCCAUGGUGAAAAUCAAUAAGAUCCGGAAGAAGUUUGGCCUGAAGUGUGAGCUCCUGGCCAAGUGCGAGUUCUUCAACCCGGGCGGGAGUGUGAAGGACCGCAUUGCCGUGAGGAUGAUCGAGGACGCCGAGCGGGCUGGGAUUCUGAAGCCUGGGGACACGAUCAUCGAGCCGACAUCCGGGAACACAGGGAUCGGGCUGGCCCUGGCUGCCGCUGUGAAGGGUUACCGCUGCAUCAUCGUGAUGCCGGAGAAGAUGAGCAUGGAGAAGGUGGACGUCCUGCGGGCCCUGGGGGCCAAGAUUGUGCGGACGCCCACCAACGCCAGAUUCGACUCCCCUGAGUCGCACGUGGGUGUGGCGUGGAGGCUGAAGAACGACAUCCCCAAUUCUCACAUCCUGGACCAGUACCGCAACGCCAGCAACCCCCUUGCUCACUACGACACCACUGCUGAGGAGAUCCUGCAGCAGUGUGACGGGAAGGUGGACAUGCUGGUGAUCUCAGCGGGCACGGGCGGCACCAUUACGGGCAUUGGCAGGAAGCUAAAGGAGAAGUGCCCUGGAUGCAGAAUCGUCGGGGUGGAUCCCGUAGGCUCCAUCCUGGCAGAGCCUGAGGAGCUGAACCAGACGGAGCAGACGGCCUACGAGGUGGAGGGCAUCGGCUAUGACUUCGUCCCCACGGUGCUGGACCGGAAGGUGGUGGACAAAUGGUUCAAGAGCAAUGAUGAGGAGUCCUUCACCUUCGCCCGAAUGCUGAUCUCGCAGGAGGGACUGCUGUGCGGUGGCAGUUCGGGCAGUGCCAUGGCCGGGGCCGUGAAGGCCGCCCAGGAGCUGCAGGAGGGCCAGCGCUGCGUGGUGAUCCUGCCCGACUCGGUUCGCAACUACAUGUCCAAGUUCCUGAGCGACAAGUGGAUGCUGCAGAAGGGCUUCCUGAAGGAGGAAGAUGUCCCGACGAAGAAGCCAUGGUGGUGGCACCUCAGAGUCCAGGAGCUGAGUCUGCAGGCUCCGCUGACGGUGCUGCCCACGGUCACCUGUGAGCACACCAUGGAGAUUCUCCACGAGAAGGGCUUCGACCAGGCACCCGUGGUCGAUGAAUCGGGGGUGAUCCUGGGGAUGGUGACUCUUGGGAACAUGCUGUCGUCCCUGCUCGCUGGGAAGAUUCGGCCAUCGGACGAGGUCCGCAAAAUCAUCUACAAGCAGUUCCAACAGAUUGUCCUGACUGACACGCUGGGCAAGCUCUCGCACAUCCUGGAGGUGGACCACUUCGCCCUGGUGGUCCACGAGCAGAUCCAGUAAACAGACCACUUGGCAAAUGGAGAGAGGCUUUGGAGGAGUCAUGGGGACAGAACCUGACUGGAGGGGGAACUGGAGACGAGCCAGAGUCCCCUGGGCACCCCAUUAUCUCUGGGAUUUGAGGAUGAAGGCUGAGUCACUGUUCGCCAUGUGUCACCAGGGCCCAGCACGGGCUUGGCUCGUGGUCCCUCCGUGUUUCGUUACCACUGGCUUCACUGGCUGACCACUGACAGGGCCUCCGCAGGAGACCAGGGGACGCACCUGUAGGUGGACAGGGUGGCUCCGUGACUCAUUGUCCCUGGGGAACCAUGGGGCGUCUCAGUGAGAGGGUGUCAGGAAGGGCCUGUCACAGGGCUUGGGCUUGGCUGGGAUCUGAGACGGCUCGAAGGCGGCGAUGUUUGUGACUAAUUGGAGGCUGUCGGAAGCCUGGUGAGACUCUGCCUGGGUAACGAGCAUCCCUCAUCAGCAGGAGAGGAGGCAGCUGGGUCUUGCAGGUGCACAGCGACCCUGCUUCUGGGCUCAGACACCAUGACCAGUGGCCCUGCUUUGCCUCAUCGCCUCAUGACCUGGAGCAUCCUGUCUGGGCUUGGCGUUCUGGGAGGUUGUUUAUGUCCAAGAGGAGAGCCUUGUGGCCUGGCCAUGAGGGCCAGAUCCGUUCCAGACGCCAGGGGCCACCGUGUUCUUUCUCACCACACGUGAGUCUCUGGACUGACACAGACUCUGAAAAGCCCAUUAACCGUUCGCACGUGGUCGUGGGGUCGUGGUGAUCUGUUAGCAGCCGUCACCUCGGAGGAAAUCUGUCCUCGGCCCCAGCACUCGCCUUCCCCAUGGCUUUGAGAACAGCAGGCAGUCCCCCCAGGUGUGAUGGUUAAUGUCAUGUGUCACCUUGACGGGGCCGUGUGCCUGAUUGUGUGGUCAACGGCCAGUCUAGAUACUGCUGUGAAGUUGUUUUGUCAAUGAGAUUAAGAUUUAAGUCAGUGGACUCAGAGGAGAGCUGAUGACUCUGCAUAACGUGGGUGGGCCUCACCCAAUCAGUUAAAGGCCUUAAGAGCAAAGACUGAGUUUCUCAAAGAAGAAGGAAUUCUGUCUACGUCAAGACUGCAGCAUGGAAACCCUGCCUGGGUUUCUCACCUGCUGCCCAGUGGAACUCGGACUCGAGACUGCAGCACCAACUCAUACCUGAACUUCCAGCCUCCUGGCCUGCACUGCAGACUUCAGACUUUGGCAUGAGCCAAAUCCUUACCAUAAAUCUCAUGCUGUAUCUGUCUGUCUGUCUAUCGAUGUAUCUAUCUAUCCAUAAGAACAUAAUGUGAGCAGAGUUUAAUGAAAUAGAAAACAGCAUACCCUGGAGAGGGGAGAACAUUGCCAAAAGUGGAUUCUUGAAAAAUCUAAUAAAAUUGAUAAACCUCUCCAGGUCAAUCAAGGAAAAAGGCAAGGGGACAUAAGUAAAGAUUAACAAGAAUGAAAAAGAGAACUAACCACGCAUGCUCACAAUGCUCAGCAGAUUAAUCAGAGUAUAUGAUGAGAAACUGCUGGCUGAUAAAUUUGAACACUUAAACGCAAAACAAAAUUUAAAAAAAUAGGGAAAACUACAACUCGCCAUAAGUGACUCAGGAAAAAAAUAGAAAAGGAAGUCCCAUAACCAUUAAAAAAAACUGAAUUGGUAGAAAAUAAGUCUCUCCAUAGAAAACAUCAGGCCCAGAUGUUUACAGGUGAGUUUCACCAAUAUUGAAGGAAUAGUUUCAAUUUCAUAGAAACUCUUCCAGAGAAAAGAAAAAUAGAAAAAGUGCCCCCAUUUUAUGAGGCAAUCAUAACCUUGCUAUCAAAACCAGAUCAGGACAGUUCAGGGAAGAAAAGUUAGAGGCCAGAUGCUUUCAGAGCAUAGAUGCAGAAUCUUAAACAUAACCGAGCAAAGGGGACCCGCUGGCUGUCUCCUAACACCCCCCGGGAGGCAAGGCUGGGCUCAGGGUCCCCCACCCCAGCAUGGUGGGAGCUGCGGCAGCUCUGGCUCUCAGGCUGACCUGCCCGGCUCCCAAGGGGCUGUGCCUCCCCAGUCACUUCCCGGGAAAGACAGGUGGGAAAUGUGGGGGAGUGAAUGCCCUUUGGAGCAGAUUUGGCCAAUGGGAGCCAGGAAGCAGGAAGGGACCAGCGGUUAAAUUGCUGUUCUGAGAUGCACCACUGUACCAGCCGUGCUCUCAUGAGGGGCUGUGGCCAGCUCCACAAAGCAUCGGGUUAUACUAUAUUAGAUGUUACAUUAUAUGAUAUUAUGUUAUAAUAUAUCACAUUAUGUUAUAUUAUGCUACAGUAUAUUAUAUUAUGUUACAUUAUAUCAUAUUGUAUUCUAUUACGUUACAUUAUAUUACUUUAUGUUACUUUACAUUGUGCUCUCUUUGCAUCCUUCCCUUCCUCGCUUUACUUUUCCCCUCACUUUUGCCUCCCUGGGGUCGCACCUCCCACCAAAGUGUUAACACCCACACUUUGCCUCAAGCUUGGUUUUCUGGGAAGCUUAGGAUAAGAGUCAGCUGGGCUUAUUCCAGCAAUGGGAGAUUGGCUAACAUUAGACAGUGAAGUCAUAUGGUUCACCAUCUGAACAGAUCAAAAGAGAAAAACACACACGAUCAUCUUAAUAACGCAGAAAAAGCUUUAAGAAGAAAACAUCCACAUAACAGCCAAAGGACCGAGCGGAUUUGGUUUGGAUCUUGAUUUGAACAAGUCAACUGUAAAAGGAUCGUUUGAGACCCUCAGGAGUGUUGGUAGGGGUCUAGGUUUUAGAUGAUGCCAAGAAACGGCUAUUAAUGCCGUCAAAGAUGAAAUAGAAUUUGUGCUUUAUAAGGAAAUGUUCCCAUUUUUAAGUACUGAAGUGUGUAGGGGUGAAAUGACAUGAAGUCUGGGCCUUGCCUUAGAAUACUUCAGGAAAGAAAAAAGACAGAUGAAGCAAAAUGGGGCCAAAUCUUCAUAAUUGUGGAACACGGCUGACGAGUAUAAGGAGUUCACUGUACCAUUUUCUCUCCUUUUGAGAGUGUAUGAAACAUGUUGUAAUAAAAAUAAACUCAACGAGAUAGCACUUUA